AUGGCGGACACUGAGAAGCCUGAGGCCGCUUCCUCGCACAGGAAGACGUCCUCUGUCGCCGGCACCGCGACGAAGACUGGUGCUUCUGCUCCCCCGCGUCGGCCCACCUCAACCAUUUCGUCGUCGACCACACGGACGUCUACCACCACCACGCGCACCUCGACUGCUACGAAGCCGACCUCCUCCUCGGCCUCGCGCACCUCGACCAGCAGCACCAUCAACAAGCCGCCCACCCGUCCUGGUGCCACAUCAACCACCGCAUCAGCUGCCAGGCGGUCCACCACCGACGCCGCUGCCAGCGAUGACAAGAGACCGGGUAGUGUAGCGGCCAAGAGGUUGUCGACGACGGGCACGGCUUCUUCGUCUGCCCGCUCGUCUGCAACCUCGGGCACCUCCGCUUCUGUGCGCCGCACAAGCACUGCUCCUGUGUCGGGCACCGCCUCUGCAGCAGCGAAGCGCCCCGCCGCCACUUCCAGAACUUCCACUACUUCCAGCACAACUACGCGUGCCUCGGCAACAAGCACCAGGCCGCCAUCCACUGCGGCUCGUCCCAGCACAAGGAUGUCGGUGACUAGGGCAUCCAUCGACACAAAGAAGGCUGCUGCUGCACCCAAACCCGCGGAAGAGGAUCCCGAGAGCCCCGCUCCUAAGGCACCCGAGGACGAGGAAGAGGCGGCUCCCUCAAUUGCGGAAGCGGAAGCGGAGCCGGCCAGAGACGUCGAGACUCCGGCACCAGCGGAUGCUCCAGCGGACGCUUCAGCGGACGCUCCUGCCGCCGAUGAUCUUGUAAGAUCACCCCGUGCCUCCCGCGACGCCCAAGAGAUCAUGCAGGAUCUUACCCGAGAAUUCGAGCAACGGAAGGCCCUCGAGUCCAGAAUCCAAGAGCUCGAAGCCAACAUGGAAGAGCUCCAGGCUGACAAGGAGGCCGCCGAUGUCAAGGCAUCCGAAGCUCUACGAGAACUGGAACGCGCCCAGGAGGACCACAGCUCUGCUCUGACCUCCGCCAACUCCAGCUGGGAGACUCAGACCGAGGACAUCCGCCGUCGGAACGAAGAACUCAAGGUCAAGGCCGUUGAGCUCGAAGACGUCAAGCAGCGCCUUGAGCUCUCCAAGGAUGAGGCCACCAAGGCCACCGAAGAGAAGGAAGAGCUCAACAACACCCUCGAGGAGCUGCAAAAGGAACUCGAGCGUGCCUCCCUCGAGCUCGAGGAGCGCGAGAAGACCGUCGAAGAGGAGAAGCGCAUCGCAACUGAGAAGACCAAGAGCCUCGAGGCGGAACUUGAGGCCCUGAAGACUUCUUCCGUUGAACAGCUCAAGCAACUCGAGCAGGAGCUGUCCAAUGUUAAGAACCUCCAGGAAGCGCUCGAGUCUCAGAAGAAACUCGCAGAUGAGCGCGUUGAGCAGCUCGAGCAGGAUCUCAAGGCUGCCAGCGGUGGCUCCGACGAGCAACUCACCCGUCUUCAGGAAAUUCAGGAAGAGAUGAAGCAAUCGACCGAAAAGAUCUCCCAGCUUGAGUCUGAAUUGGCCGCUGCCAAGAACAACGCCAACGACGAGGUUGCCCGUCUCACCAGCGAACUUGAGAGCGAGAAGAAGGCGACUUCUGAGAAGAUCGCUCAACUCGAAUUGGAUCUGUCAGCCGCUAGGGAGAACUCUGGCGACGAAGUCAAGUCCCUCAACGAGCAGCUUUCCGCGGAGAGAAACGCUGCCGCCGAGAAAAUUAGCCAGCUCGAGACCGAACUCGCCGCCUCCAAGGAAAGCACCGGUGAUGAGGUCAGCCGCCUCAAGGCUGAACUCGAUACGGAGAGGAAGACGGCCGCGGACAAGAUCGAAGAACUCGAGGCACAACUUUCGUCUGCCAAGGACGGCUCCAAUGAUGAGGUCGCACGCCUCAAGCAGGAGCUCGACGCCGAGAGGCAGUCGGCUGCCGACAAGAUCACUGAGCUUGAGGUCCAGCUUUCUUCGGCGAAGACCGAGUUCACCGAGGAGGUCGCGCGUCUCAAGGACGAGCUGAGCGCUGAGAGGAAGACUGCCGCCGACAAGAUCAUCGAGCUGGAGGCUCUUAUUUCCUCUGCCAAGGAUGGCUCCAACGAGGAGGUCGUCGGCCUUAAGGAACAGCUCGAGACCGAAAGGAAGUCUGCCGCUGACAAGAUCAUCGAGCUCGAGACCUUGCUGUCGUCUGCCAAGGAUGGCUCCAGCGACGAGGUGGCCGCCCUCAAGUCCGAGUCCGAGAAGUACCAGAAGCAGCUGCACGAGGAACGCGAGGCUCUCACCACCACGAUUGAGUCGUUGGAGAAGCAAAUUUCCGACCUCAAGACCGAGGCAACUGAGGCCACUGAGAAGCACGCCGCCAAGCUGAGGGAAGAGCAGGAGACUGCUGCUGCUGCCAUCGUUGCCAUUGAGGAGAAGCUCGUUACCGCUGAGAAGGACCAUGCCGAUAAGCUUACCGAGCUUCAAGAGAGCCUCAAGAAGCACGAGGAGGAGCGUGGCUCCCUCAAGUCUCAGUCCGAACUUGACGAACUCCUGGAGCAGGCCAAGAAGGAAGCCGACGCGAAGGUCGCUGCUGUCGAGGCCGAGGCCCAGAGGCUUCAGGAAGAAAUCCAGAAGCACCAAGAGGACAUCAAAAAGCACGAGGAGGAGCGCGGCGCCCUCAAGUCUCAGGCUGAAAUUGACGACCUCCUCGAGCAAGUCAAGAAGGAAGCUGCUGAAAGCUUGGCUGCCGCCGAGGCUGAGAAGCUGAAGCUCCACGAGGACCUCGCGAAGCUUGGCGAGGAGCGUGGUGCUCUCAAGUCUCAGUCUGAGCUUGAUGAGAUCAUUGAGCAGGUCAAGAAGGAGGCUGCCGAGAAGGUCGCUGCUGCUGAGGCCGAGGCCGAGAGGCUUGCCGCAGAUCUCGAGAAGGAGAAGGCGGAGGCUCUUGGCUACCAGGAGAAGAUCGCCACCAUCGAGCGUGAGGCUGCCGAGCGUACCCAGAAACUCCUUGAUGACUACAACGAGGCCCAAGCCGCUCUCGUCAAGGCUAGGGAGGACAACGAGAGCCUUACCACCCAGCUCAACGCUUUCCAGGAGACCGUCAGGGCUGCUCAGGAGAGCAUGGCCGAGAAGGCCCAGCAGUUCGAGGACCUGCAGAAGGAGUACGAGCAAUCCAAGAUGCGCACCGUUGAACUGGACAACACCAUGGAUGAGGUUCGCCAGAAGGCCAUCCAGGACUUGGAGCACGCCAAGUCUGAGAGCAAGGCUUUCCACGACAAGCUCCGCGAGCUGGAGGAGGAGACUGCCGAGGCCAACCGCCGCAUGGAGGCCCAGCGUGCUGCUUACGAGGAGCUGAAGUCCGAGCACGCCAACGCCUCAUCCGAGUCCGAGGAGCGCCUCAGGAAGCGCAUUGAGGAGCUCGAGCAGAACAGCCUCAAGGCCGCGGAGGAAGCUGCUGCUUACCAAGCCAAGGUUGCCGAGAUUGAGCAGGAAAUGACUGUCAGACUCGAGCGUGAGCAGGAGACCCUUCGUGUCCAGCUUGCCGAACUGCAGGACAAGCGCGCCGCCAUUGAGAGCGAGAAGGAGACCAUGCAGACUAUUACUUCUGAACUCCAGGAGAAGAUUGCUGAGCUCGAGAAGGAGGCCUUUGAGAAGGCUCGCCUUGUCGAAGACAGCUCCAUCUCCCUCAAGAGGCAGAGCGUCGAGUACGACAGUGACAAGGCUUCCCUGCAGUCGGCCAUCGAGUCGCUCCAGGACAAAAUCCGUGCUCUCGAGCAGGAGCGCACCGAGACCGAGGCUGCUGCCACCGGUGAGGCUGAGAAGCUCAAGAAGCAGAUUGCCGACUUCGAGCAGGAGAAGGCUUCCACGGACGCUGUCAUCAUCUCUCUGCAGGAGAAGGUUACCUCCCUCCAGCAGGACCAGGCCGAUGGCUCCCGUGGUGCCGAUGAGGACACCGAGAAGCUCACCCAGCGCAUCCAGGAGCUCGAGGAGGACAAGACCUCGAUGCAGUCCACCAUUGCCGCCCUCCAGGACAAGGUCAUCAACCUGCAGCAGAACACCUCCGACAAGAGCUCUGAUCUCGUCGCCGAGGUUGAGAGGCUCAGGACGGAGUGCACUGAGCUCGAGGCUGAGAAGGCGGAGAUGGUCGCCCGCGCCCAGGACGCCGCCCAGACUCACGCCAUCGCCAUCGAGAAGAGCCACGAUGACUACAACUUCCUCCUCCAGCGUCUCGAGAGGUCCACUCGGGAACACGCCGAUGUCGUCGAGAAGCUGCAGGACGAGUACGCUGCCGGCCUCCAGAAGAUUGCCGCAUCCGCUCGCAUUAGCACCAGGAAGCAGAGCAUUCACAGCUUGACCGAUGAGAUUGCUGAGCUCAUGGCUGAUAAGGCUAAUCUCGAGGAUGACGCUGAGGCCAAGGACGGAGCUCUUCAGGACGCCAGGGACACUGUCAAGGAGCUGCGCGACCAGAUGAGCAGCGAGCACCAGGGCGAGAUCGGCCACGAUGAUAUCAUGGCCAACCUCCAGAACCGCAUCAAGGAGCUUGAGCAGCAGCGUGCGGACGAGGUCGAAGGCCUCACCAACGAGCUGGAUGCGAAGGCCAACCAGAUCACUGAGCUCUGCGGCAGGAUCGAGAUUGUGGCUCAGGAGCUCGAGGUCAAGAAGACCGAGACCCAGAACGCUCUUGCAACCAUCGACUUCCACCAGAGCGCUGCCAAGGCCGUGCAGAAGGAGUACGAGGAGCAGGUCCAGGAGCUUGUGCGCGUCUACAACGGCCAGCUUGAUGAGAGCGCCCAGACUCUGCAGAGCCGUGACCACGAGAUCGAGAAUCUGCGCCAGACUAUCGACAACUUGCACCUUGAGCUCGACUCUGCCGUCAAGGGUCCUGAUGUUUUCGAGGUUCGCCAAGAGUUCGAGGACCGCAUCAAGAAGCUUGAGGGUCGCAUCACCGGUCUUACCGAGGAGAAGGAGGUCAUUGAGAAGCAACUUUUCGCUGCCCGCCAGGCCAACGAGGAGGACGGCCGCCACAUUCCCGAGCUUCACGAGGAGAUCGACAGACUCCACGAGGAGGUUGAGGAGCUCCAGGGUGCCCUUGACGAGGCCGAGCGCCAACUCAACGAGUCUCACGACAGGCUCAAGGUCAUUGACAAGGAGCACGCCAAGGUCGUCAAGUCCCUCCAGGAUAAGAUCGCUGAUGCCGAGUACAAGAUGGCCGACAAGAUUGCGGAGAAGGAUGCCGAGAUGUCGCGCAUGAACCAGGAGCUUGCUGCCCGUCGCCAGUCCAUUGAUGACGCCAUGCCCAAGCUUGAUGACUACAAGGCCAUGAGGCACGAGCUUGAUGAGAAGACGAUUGAGCUCGAGGAGAAGUCUCGCCAGGUUGAUGGUCUCAUGCAAACCCUCAGGGCUCUUGACGAGGCUCACGAGGAGCGUGACGGCCACCACGCUUCUGGUCUGGAGAAGAUGAAGCGCGAGCUUGAGGCUGAACUCGCCCGUGUCCGUGUCGAGCUGGAGAAUGAGAUUGUCAGGCUCAAGACCCUCAACCAGCAGCUGACUGAUGCGAACGAAAGGCUCGAGCACGACUUGAUGACCAAGCAGGCCCUUCUCAAGGAGAAGAUGACCGAGCUCGAGCAGCUCAAGAAGGAGGUCGAGGAGAACCGUGUUGAGCACGACCAGCUGCUCGAGAAGCUUUGGUCCGAGCAUGCCAAGGAGCGUUCGUCGAUGGAGCAGACUCUUGAGCAGAUCUACGAGCAAGAGAAGGCUGCCAUCGAGCAGAAGCUUAAGGAGGACCAGGAAAACAUGAAGCAGUCGCUCGAGGCAGAGAUUGCCCGUGUCAAGAAGCAGCAUGACGAGACUGACAAGCUCUACAAGCAAGCGCUCGAGGAGGCUCUCAAGGAGGAGAGGUCCAAGCUUGAGGUGGAAGCCGCCUCUCGCCAGGAGCAACUCAAGGCUGAGAUGGAGAAGAACAAGGAAACCACGGUUAAGAAGCUUACUGAUCUCCUCGAUGUCGCCAAGGCCGAGAUCAACGACCAGUUCUCCGAAAUCAAGCGCGCUGAGACCGAGAUUGAUCGUCUCAACGCCGAGAUCGACAAGCUCCACGUUGAGAUUGCCGGUACCCGCGAGAGCCCUCGCGUCGCUGAGCUGAUCCGCGAGUGCGAGACUUACAAGCAGCGUCUGAUCGAGCUCGAGACUGAGGUCUCGUCUUACCGCCAGAACGGCGGUGCUCCCCCGCAAUACAGGAACUCUGGCGAUGCGGAGAGAGACGCGUCGAACGACAAGUCGACAAGCGGCCAGAUGGCAGGGAUCCAUGAGCAAGUUCGUCAACUGGGUCAGCUCAACGAAGAGUUGAUCUCGCACAACCAGGAUGUUUCCGGAUUCAUUCGCAACGGCUUCAACACGAAGACUUCUUCGGUGACCACUACUGUCCACGCUACCUCGGCUGACUCAUGA